GAACCUGUUGCCUGGCAACCUGCUGAAUGCUGCCUGUAUGUUUGUUGAUAUUGUUCAAAGCAACGAGGUAGCCAACAGAGAGCACCACAAAAACAAAACAAAAAACAACUAACUUAACGUUACAGCAUCGACAUGAAGUCUGUUAGAUUUGGUGGAAGUGUGUCGUUCAGCGAGAGGAGCUUUAACGCGGCGGAGGGAUGUCUCAACAUGUGCGGGAUGUGUCCAUCUUGCGCCUUUGCUCCAGAACCACCGGCGUCCACUCGGUGCUUGUGGACGGUGUCGGAUGAAUUCAAGAGGAGGUUUCUAGUGGAGCUGCUUUUACGGUGCAGAAACACCCAGCUGCUCGAAAACGUCCGGAAUAUGCUGGGUGUAACGUCGUGGACUUUAUUCACUUACGCCAGAUCAAGGAGCCCAACUUCUCCUCAGGAUUUCCCCUGCCGCGGUGGUCCGGAGGGUGCGCUGGACGGGAAACCACGGGGCAUGAACAUGAGUCAGAUCUGGGACUGGUUCAAUGGCAGCCCGGACUGGAUAAAAUCACGAUAUCUGUGCCGUCUUUUUUCACUUUGUGACUCGGAACUAUUACGCAUGGUGUCUAAUUUGACCAGCGUGCUUCUGGUCAGACAAAAACGAGGGUUUCUGCAAUUUAAUGUGAGAAGCCGCAGUACCAAUCAACGUGAUCAAGAUGAGGACUCAGAAGACCCUGCUCUCAUGGUAGUGCCUGGAUCCUCAAAGUCUGUGUCUGGAGUGAGCCGAUACCGAGACUUCAUAGGCUGCCUACCUGUUGAUCUGUCAAAGAGGAUAUUAGGUCUGUUAGAUGAGCACGCUUUGAGGCGCUGCCACAAGGUUUGUCGAUACUGGCAGCACCUUGCACAGGAAACCACGGAGGAAAUCAAGCUCAGAAGAAUUUUCCAGGAUCAAAUUGAGGCAAUGAUGAAGAGGUGCAGAGGUGUUAAUAUAGUCAGUCCUACUUACGCCAACAUUGUCAAAGUCCCCGUUCCUGCCAAGGAUGAUGAGGAAGUGGAUGUUCAUCCUAGUGUCCACAAGGUCGAGCCAUUUGCAACCGCUUAUGCCAAAAUGAAGAAGACCAAGACAGUGCAAAUGGAAGAGAGAAAUGUUUACUGUGGUGCAUAUUUUACCACAGUGCUGCUGGACAAGUUAGUGGGAUCAACCUUCUGUUUGGAUGUAGCUAGAGGCUCACUGGUGCUAACAAACACACAUUGUCAUACCACGAAUGUCAUCUGGUUGUGUGUUGACAGAGAAGAUCUUCUGCGGGUGGUGGGCUACAAAGGCGGGCCGUUAAUGGCCAUGAGUUCCAAGGACCGCGCGGUGCAUCUGCUUUACGUGGCCUCAGAAACAAAAGUCGUAUCUGUGAUGAAGGGCCAUGUUGGCAGCAUUCGGGCAGUGCUGCUCUGUGAGGAGAGAGACCUGGUGAUAACCGCCAGCUGCGACGCAAGUAUCAGGUGUUGGAAUUUGAAGACAGACAGGUGUGUGAUGGCGCUGUAUGGGCACACUGGCACUGUCAACUGUCUGGAUGUCCACGAUGAUAGACUUGUCUCAGGAGCCAAAGAUUGUCUAGUGAAAGUGUGGAGUCUACACACAGGGAAGCAUUUUGAGGAUUUUAAUUUCAAGCACCCCAGUUCAGUCCAGUGCGUAAAGAUCAACCAAAGAGCCGUCUAUAGCAGCUGUGAUCGGGGCCUUGUCAAAAUAUGGGACAUGGAGAAGGCAUCGCUGCUCAGGGUGAUUGAUGCCCACAGGUGCCCAGUGAAGUGCCUGUUCAUCGACGAAUGGCACUUCUUAUCCGGGGACGCUAACGGUCAGGUCAUGGCCUGGAGCAUCAACAAUGACGCUAAACAGUCGCUUAUGACCUUCAGCCACCCAAAGGAGGUAAAAUCUCUCACUCUCGUCUACCUCCGUGUCAUUACUGGCUGUCUUGAUGGAAAGAUUCGCAUAUUUAAUUUCCUCACCGGAGAUUGUCUCAGAGACAUAACGGCAGAGGCUGAAACAGGCCGAAUACUGUCCCUGCACUUCCAUGACAACAGUAUCUUAGUGAACACGACGUCCAGCGUGAAGCGGUACCAGUUUGCCAAAGUGUUUUGGGACUACACGGCGUCGACAGAGGGAGGCCAGGGUGAUGUUUCUGAGAAAUCUGCAGCUUUGCUCCGAAAGAUUCCCCUCGCUUCUGUUGGGGCCGAUCAUUUGGCAAAAGUGGAUUCAACCAACACCUGCUUCCUGCCUAACCCUGCUAAAUGGCGAGCACAAGCCAGAGAGUGCUUUGCUAAACGGUCGGUGAUGCUGAGCGAGAAGGCAACAAGUGAACGGAUAAAGAAGAGGGGUCUUCACCAUCCUCCGACACGUGACUCCAUCCUCCUCAGGGUCAAUGCAAUCCAGAAGGCUCAGUGCACGGACGAAGUGAGCAUCAACAUGGAGUGCAACGCCAGGCUGCGAGAUUCCUGGGACCCUCUGGAUCCUCCGCACUCCAACCUGCAGGUGCUGAAACAGAGGCUGCAGACUCCGAUAUAUCCACUGUGGCACACACAUGGCGGUGAUCCCAGAAGGGCCAAGACCUGUGUACCCAUUUCAAAGAGAGCUGUUGGUCAAAAUGUGACAAACACAAUGCAAGGCAGAGCGGAGCCUCACAGUGCUAACACACACAGGGCAACCAAGAGAGUGAAUGGAUGCACUACAAAGGCUCCUGAGUGCAUGCACAUGAGAUCACAACCUAAUCCAAAAUGCUCCAUGAAAACUAGAACCAGCUUUCCCAGCAUCAGCGCUGUGAGUUCAUUCAGAGAGCAGCGAGGGUUCUCACAGUGAACCAGCUGGAAGACUGUGUCCGGUCCAAGAGGGAUCUCAUGCAGAGCUGUGAGCAAAUCCUGUCCAAGAGGAAUACGAAGCAGGAGACAAAACAGUGUGAAGAAAGUCACAUGUGCAUCAAUAGAUGAAAAUGUAUUCCUUUUUUAUGAUAAUGUGUUAGCAGAACUCCACUCACCACGGCACAGUGGGUGUCCUGGACAUCUUUGUUGUCCAAGGCACCGUGUUUUUAAAUGUUAUGUUUCAUUAAAACUCCACUAGGGGUCAGUAUUGUAUCACCUGAUUGUGACUGGAUGAGGCUCCAGGGUUAUUAUAAAGUAGUUUCCUUUAAGUUUUAUGGUUCUUUAUACUGUAUUUAAAAUCAGAUUAUUGUAUGGUAAAUUUGUAUUUUUUUCUUUUUUUGAUAUAUUAACUUAUUAACUUAUAAUACUAACAUAGUUAAUAUUUAUAAUGGGAGGGAGAAGCCAGUUAAUUCACUGUUUUUAUACAGUGUAUCUCAAAUAUUUUAAGUAAUUUGCUUCUAGAGUUUGAUUUCAGCCAAACUUUUGAAAUAAAAGGUUGUAUUUUCAUAUUCUCGAA